AUGGACUUUUGGACGCGGUUGAUCGGUGGCUCUGGCGCGCAGAAGCGACGCUCGACCGCCAACGACCCGCAGCAGCGCCUGGCCCGCUUCAAGCGCGUCUAUAACCAGAUCUUGCAAACAUGGCAGAAGUCGGCUCAGUUGGCCGGCGACUGGCCCGCCCUGGACUCCCUCCGUUCCCAUUUCCAACGCCUGACAGCCAUCCUCAACGAAGAAUCGCGCUCGCCCGCGCCGCACCUCUGUCUUACCUUUGCCGCUAGCUCUCACAUCUUCUCCGCCAUCUCAAAGAUCGCCGCCACGUCGCACAAUGAGGCCCUGGUCAGGGAGGCGGUGGGCUUCUUCAGCGCCCUCAUUGACAGCGAGGAGGAGGACUUCCUGGCCAACGGCCGCUUCGCCGAGGCCCUGAUGUCCUUCAUCUCGCGCAUCGCGAGCUCCCAGAGCCUGGUCGUCGGCGAGGACACGGAUGCCGAGAUCGUCGAGCUGCUGUUCGGCAUCGCCGCCAAGAUCAGGCUGGAGCCGGAGCUGCUGCCCGUGUGGUUCAGCUCGACGGGCAAGGUCGACUCGGACGGCGGCAUGGUGCAGCAGGUCGGCUUCGCAGGCGUUAUCCGCAAAGAAGACUUCCCCCUUUGCUACCAGCUCAUCGACCACGUCCACCACGAAGGCCGCAUCGGCGACUUCGCCCGCACCGGCCUGCUGUACAUCUUCGAGACGUCGUCAAAGUCGCACGACCUGGAGCAGUGGAUUGUCGAAAGCGACUUGGCUACCCUCAUGGCAAGCGGUCUCGGUGCGCUGUACAGUCAGCUGAGCAGGAAGCUGUCCAUCGUCCACCCCAAGGACGAUCUGCCCAUCAUCCUUCAGCUGUCCGACUAUCCCGAAGUCGAGAAGGCCAUCAACGAUUCCGAGAAUGUCUUUUCGGAAGACUUCAAGCUUCACAUGGAUACGUUCUUGUCUUAUUUGGCGUUCUGGCAGGACGUGCUUGAGCAUUGCAGAUCGCCCGACGUCAGGCAAACUUUGAUUGAUCAUUUCCAGGUUCUCUUUCUGCAGCAACUACUAUACCCAUCCCUCUUUGAGUCCUCCGACGUGGACGGUGGAUCCGCCGUUGCCGUUCUCAAUUACUUAAGGCGCAUCCUCGAUGCGCUGGACCACCCAGAACUCGUCCAUAUGAUUCUGCGCUACCUGCUGGCCCUCCCAGAUGAGCAAGCCGGCCGUCCGAGAUCGAGAAGCGUCAAGAAACGAAGGUCGACCCUCAUGCUGCUCUCCAAGCCCAAUGACAAGGAACCAGAGCUCAACCCGUCUCUUUUCAACCUGGUGGAUCUUCUCUUGAACUGCACCCAGUCACGGAAUCACCAGACGGUUGCUUCUGCGUUGAAAUUGGUUUCCACAAUCCUCAGCAAAAACCACAAGUACGCCACUGGAACGCUUGUCAAUGUCACGGAAGUUCACAACAAGGAUCCCCUCCGGACUGUUGGAGCUUUGCAUGCAGAGAUUGAGAGCUACCUCGACCUCGCUGAGAACAUGGUUCCUGGAUCCGAUAUCAACAGAGAGUACGAGUCUUUCUUGAAGGAUGUUCUUAACCUCUUGGAAGCUCACCCUUGCUCGAUGAAACACCUCUCCCUUCACGGAUUGAACCUCCCGAACCAAGCUGCUGUGGAUUACCUCCACGCGGAAAUACGCAAGGAAUCCACCAUUCACCACCUGACGGCUGGAGACGCCCUGUUCAAGUCCUUGAUGGGCAUCCUUUCUAACUUCUUCACGAACAAUGUCGAAACGAACCUUAACCUUACAGAAGCUAUUGUUAAUCUUGCGACAUGCCCUAAUCUGCGAUUGGAGGGCUGGCUUGCUGUUGAGCCGACGAAUUACCAGUUCAACCCCAACGAGAACUUCGACAAUGAAGACGAGGACCUCAAGGAUGUCUUCCGAGCCCGCCGCAAACCUAAAUGGACCCCCCAUGGCGCCCCUGCCUUGAUGGUUGCCCUCAACAACCUCCAAGAACAGAUUGAAUGCCUGCGCGAACAGAUACCGGACUUCAACCAGCACGUUGCGAACCGCAAGCAGGCCUUCCGUGUGCACGAGGAACUCAACGAAGCCAUGCGCUCCACUGCCAACUUCCCGCCACCAACGCCACUAGGUCCGCCCAAAUCUUCGCACGGCGAAGCUCCCACCGGCCCCGGCUCGUGGACACCACAGUUCCAGAACAUGCUCGAAGGCACCAUCAGCCCGCUUCGCUCUCAAUCGCCACGUGGCCGCGCGCACACUAUUCAGCCAACGGUCCGCCUUUCACCCGCGCCCAAACAGCCCCGUCUGGACGCGCCGAGCUUGAGCCCGAGUCCACAUCCAUCGACGUCGAGGUCGCCGGUCAGGGGUAGCGCGAGAGGAGUCAGUCCGGUGAAGCCGCCGAUUGUCAUUCCUGAUCCCCGCAGGCCAAGCCUCACAUCCACAGUGCUGAAUGAUGUGAAUGAUGCAGCGAAUGCCGAAAUCUUAAAGAAGGUCAUAAGGUUCCCAUUGCAGAUGUCGGAGGCAAGGAAGAAGAAACUCCAACAGCAGAAUCUGAUGGAUAAGGCGCUGCCGGCGCUGCCAAAGGAACAGCCGCUGACGGAGGUCGCGGAGGAAAAUGAAGGAAAGGCGGAGGGAGCUAAGGGCGAGGCGGAGAAGGACGGCGCAAAGGUGGAUCGGGCAGCAGACGCCGCCACUGCCGCCGACUCAGGGGUAGAAGGAGCGAAGAAGGACGCGAAGGAUGGCGAUGCGCCGGAGGCUAAGAGCACGGAUAGUGCCGCCGCCGCCGCCGAGCCACAGCAGCAGCAAAGCAAUGGCGCUACGGCUACCGAAUCCACUUCCAAUGGCGACACGGAAGCUUUCCCUGCGCUGGAGGACGAAAUGCUGCACAGCGAGCCCUUCCCCGAGUUGCCCACCGAGAUGCCUAUCGACGAAAUGGCUGCCGAGAGCAACGACGUUCCCGACAACACCAACACUAGCAACGUCACCCUAAACAUCCCGCAACACGAACACCAAUCACGUCGUUCGCGGGCACCUAGUUGGAGGUGGGAAGAGAAGAAAGAAGAUGUCGAUGAGAUUCGCGAGGCUACGCUCGGCCACGUCCUGACCAACGUGGUCAUCCUGCAGGAGUUCGUGCUCGAGAUCAUCGCCAUUCUACAGGUUAGGGCAAGUUUGUUCCAGGAGGUGAGGUUUGUGUAG